CCGCAGCGUGCACGCACGGAGUCGCCUGGCGGGAGCGAGCGCGUCCCGGAGCGCGCGGGCCGAGAAGCGCAGCGGGUUGGAGACCAUCGCCUGCGGCUCAGGAUUCCAGGAUUGGAAAUAAGGACCUUCAUUUUUCAGUAUAACUGCAUAUAUUUGUCUAGAUUUCCUGUGUAACAUAAACAAUGGAUUCUUUGGACCAUAUGCUGACGGAUCCGCUGGAACUGGGUCCAUGUGGAGAUGGCCAUGGCACACGUAUUAUGGAGGACUGCCUCCUGGGGGUCACCAGGGUUAGUCUGCCUGAAGACCUUCUAGAGGAUCCUGAGAUAUUCUUUGAUGUAGUCAGCUUCUCAACCUGGCAAGAAGUACUGAGUGACUCUCAACGCGAACACCUCCAGCAGUUUCUGCCUCGCUUUCCAGAAGACAGUACUGAGCAGCAAAACCAGCUCAUCCUAGCCCUGUUCAGAGGGGAGAACUUCCGCUUUGGAAACCCUCUGCACAUUGCCCAGAAGCUUUUCCGAGAUGGACACUUUAACCCUGAGGUGGUCAAGUAUCGGCAGCUAUGCUACAAGUCACAGUACAAGCGAUACCUUACUUCUCAGCAGCAAUAUUUCCAUCGGCUGCUGAAGCAGAUACUGGCUUCCCGGAGUGACCUACUGGAGAUGGCCCGACGGAGUGGUCCAGCUCUUCCCUCCCGGCAGAAGCGCCCUUCACCAUCCCGCACCGCAGAGGAGCGGGAAUGGCGGACCCAGCAGCGCUACUUGAAGGUCUUGAGGGAAGUGAAGGAGGAGUGUGGUGACACAGACCUGUCGUCUGAUGAAGAGGCCACGUUGGAUUUACAAGAACAAUUUUCUUUUGAAGAUCUCAGUUCAUGGCUUCCGAGCUCUCCAGCGCAUUCUCCUAGCCCUGCGGUGCCCCUGAGGGUGGUGCCCACGCUUUCAACCAUGGAUAUGAAAACUGCAGAUAAAAUUGAACUGGGGGACAAUGACCUGAAGAUAAUGUUAAAGAAGCACCAUGAGAAGCGGAAACAUCAACCAGAUCACCCAGACCUUUUGACAGGCGAACUGACUCUCAAUGACAUCAUGAAUCGAGUAAAUGCUGGCAGGAAGGGGUCUCUAGCAGCCCUGUAUGACUUGGCUGUCCUUAAAAAAAAGGUGAAAGAGAAAGAGGAAAAGAAGAAGAAGAAAAUAAAAAUGAUCAAAUCUGAGGCAGAGGAUUUGGCUGAGCCCUUAAGCAGUACUGAGGGGGUCCCAGCUCUUGCUCAGGCUCCCUCUCCGCUGGCAGUCCCUGCUAUCAAGGAGGAGCCUCUUGAAGACCUCAAACCUUGCCUUGGAAUCAAUGAAAUAUCUUCCAGCUUCUUCUCUCUUCUACUAGAGAUCUUGUUGCUAGAGGGGCAGGCUAGUCUUCCUAUGCUAGAGGAGCGAGUUUUGGAUUGGCAGUCAUCUCCAGCCAGCUCCCUCAAUAGCUGGUUCUCUGCGGCCCCCAACUGGGCAGAGUUGGUGUUACCAGCCCUGCAGUAUCUUGCUGGAGAAAGCCGUGCUGUGCCUUCCAGUUUCUCUCCAUUUGUUGAAUUCAAAGAGAAAACCCAACAGUGGAAGUUGCUUGGCCAUUCCCAAGAUAAUGAGAAGGAAUUAGCUGUACUCUUCCAACUUUGGCUAGAAACCAAAGACCAGGCCUUUUGUAAGCAAGAAAAUGAAGACAGUUCAGAUGCCACAAUACCUGUUCCUCGGGUAAGAACUGACUAUGUGGUACGGCCUAGCACAGGGGAGGAGAAGCGGGCUUUUCAGGAGCAGGAGCGUUACAGAUACAGCCAACCCCAUAAGGCGUUCACCUUUCGCAUGCAUGGCUUUGAGUCUGUAGUGGGGCCUGUCAAGGGUGUGUUUGACAAGGAGACCUCACUCAACAAGGCUCGGGAGCACUCCCUGCUGCGCUCAGACCGGCCUGCCUAUGUCACCAUCCUGUCUCUUGUUCGGGAUGCUGCAGCUCGGCUACCAAAUGGAGAAGGCACUCGGGCAGAGAUCUGUGAAUUGCUAAAGGACUCCCAGUUUCUUGCACCAGACGUCACCAGCACUCAGGUGAAUACAGUGGUGAGUGGUGCCCUGGAUCGGCUGCAUUAUGAGAAGGACCCAUGUGUGAAGUAUGACAUUGGAUGCAAACUGUGGAUCUACCUGCAUCGUGACCGAAGCGAGGAAGAGUUUGAGCGAAUUCACCAAGCACAAGCAGCUGCAGCAAAAGCCAGGAAAGCCCUUCAGCAAAAACCCAAGCCCCCGUCCAAGGUGAAGUCCAGCAGCAAGGAGAGCUCAGUAAAGGUUCUCAGCAGCGGCCCUUCUGAGCAGAGCCAGAUGAGCCUCAGUGACUCCAGCAUGCCACCCACCCCAGUCACACCUGUGACCCCCACCACUCCAGCGCUGCCUGCCACACCAAUCUCCCCUCCACCUAUACCAUCAGUGAACAAAAGUGGCCCCACUACUGCCUCAGAACCAGCUAAGUCAAGCUCGGGUGUUCUUCUGGUGUCUUCACCCACAAUACCACAGUUGGGAACAAUGCUUUCCCCAGCUUCCAGCCAGACUCCUCCAAGUUCUCAGGCUGCUGCCCGUGUUGUGAGCCACUCUGGCUCGGCUGGACUACCCCAGGUGCGGGUGGUGGCCCAGCCUUCCCUUCCUGCUGUUACUCAGCAGUCAGCAGGGCCAACACAGACACUGCCACAGAUGCCAGCAGGGCCACAGAUGCCAGCAGGACCACAGAUUCGUGUUCCAGCUACUGUUACACAGACCAAAGUCAUGCCCCAGACAGCAGUGGCCACGGUUCCAGUCAAAGCUCAGACUGCGGCAGCCACUGUGCAGCGACCUGGACCUGGGCAGGCAGGGUUCACGGUGACAAGCCUCCCUGCCACAGCCAGCCCUGUGAGCAAGCCAGCCACGAGUUCUCCUGGCACCUCUGCCCCAAGUGCCUCCACAGCUGCCGUCAUUCAGAAUGUCACAGGACAGAAUAUUAUCAAGCAGGUAGCAAUCACAGGGCAACUGGGGGUGAAGCCCCAGACGAGCAACAGCAUGCCACUCACAGCUGCUAACUUCCGUAUCCAGGGUAAGGAUGUUUUGCGUCUGCCACCCUCCUCCAUCACCACAGAUGCCAAAGGCCAGACAGUUCUGCGAAUCACUCCGGACAUGAUGGCCACAUUGGCCAAGUCCCAAGUCACCACGGUCAAACUGACGCAGGACCUCUUUGGGCCAGGGAGCGGCCCUGGGGGCAAAGGCAUCUCCGCUACCUUCCACGUCACCUCGGCUACAGCCCAUGCGGCCGAUGGCCCCACUGCGGCCAGCUCAGCCGGCACCCCUGCACCCACUCCUGCAGGCACCACCGUGGUCAAAGUGGCUCCUGACCUCAAAACAACCGAAGCCUCAAGUUCAGCUUUUCGCUUAAUGCCAGCUCUUGGUGUGAGUGUGGCCGACCAAAAGGGGAAAAACACGGUGGCCUCUUCAGAAGCGAAACCUGCUGCCACGAUCCGCAUUGUGCAGGGCCUGGGUGUGAUGCCUCCCAAAGCAGGCCAGACUAUUACCGUUGCAGCCCAUGCCAAGCAAGCGUCCUCUGUGGCCAGUGGGUCUGGGACUGUCCAUUCUUCAGCGGUGUCUCUGCCCAGUAUGAAUGCUGCUGUGUCCAAGACCGUGGCCGUGGCUUCUGGGGCUGCAAGCACCCCCAUCAGCCUUGGGACCGGGGCCCCAACUGUGCGGCAGGUCCCUGUGAGCACAACAGUUGUUUCCACGUCUCAGGCUGGGAAACUGCCUACACGGAUCACAGUUCCACUGUCUGUGAUUAGCCAGCCUAUGAAGGGCAAAAGUGUGGUCACAGCCCCCAUCAUUAAAGGCAACCUUGGAGCUAACCUCAGUGGGUUGGGCCGCAAUAUCAUCCUCACCACCAUGCCAGCGGGUACUAAGCUCAUUGCUGGCAAUAAGCCUGUUAGUUUCCUUACUGCCCAGCAGUUGCAGCAGCUUCAGCAACAAGGUCAGGCCACACAGGUGCGCAUUCAGACUGUUCCUGCUUCCCAUCUUCAACAGGGAACAGCUUCUGGUUCCUCCAAAGCAGUGUCCACUGUUGUCGUGACCACAGCUCCAUCUCCUAAACAGACACCUGAACAACAGUGAUUCCGAGUGGGAAAGAUGGCUUCCAUCAAAGCUCGUGCCUGUCUGCCUUUCUGGCUGAAAGGAAGGGAAUGGGGGCAGGGGCAUCAUUACUCUAAGCCUGUCUAAGGAAGGCCAGUAGUGGGAUGAUGGCAACAGUGGCUUGGAUUCUGCCACCACACUGCACAGUGGAGCUCACUGAGGAGAGUCCAUGGCUCCAGGUCUGUUCCUCGUGGAUCCAGAAGUUUCUGUAUUAAGAGUUGCGUCACACAAACCAAGGUUCUUUCCUGAGAGCAUGACAUCGAGGGAGGGCUUACAGUUGGAGUACAUGAAUGAGCAGACAGUGAAUGAGCCUUGUUCUAUAAGUGAAUUGUAUUUUUUAGGUCUUCUGUGAGUAGUGGUCUGGAUAGGAAUUUUGUGUCCAAAAAUUUUUAUGUGACUUAUUUUUUUAAAGAAUCUAUUGUACAUCCUCAUCAAAUAAGUACCUGGGCUUUAGCCCCUCUAAACGGAUUACUUAUUCUUUGACCAGAGCAAGAAAAUAGUGAGAUUCUUAGUAAGUUGGUGGCUGACUUGAGAUCUACAUAGUAAUGGAGCAGCUGAGUGGGACAGAUGGGAUUAGUUUGGCUCUGCCUCUUAAAGAUGGGUAUCAGGAUCUUACUUAUGGUCCAUAUUUUACUUGCCAGCUGUGUUCUUAUUAAGCCAGUGGGUGGAGGAGGUGGAUGCCAGCAGGCGCUGCUUUUGCGGCACACACUGUAUUGCGGUUCAGAUUGUAUAUUCCGCAAACCACAGCCCUUGGGCUGGGUACCCGAUUUUGUAAAUAAAAUUUUAUUGGAACACA